AUGGUUGCUCCACUUCCUCCACCCUCUCUCGAUAUUCAUAAUUCAGUACCCAAGAAUAUAACUAUCCACAUAAAGUCCAUUCGCAUCUCUUCCAGCAAGAGGACAACGUCACCGUUAUCAUCACCGAGAUCGUCAAAGAAUCCUUUCCCCACCCACAAAUGGAAUCCACAUCUGGACGAGUGGAUCAAGCAGGAGAGUAUUGGGUUUUAUGAUGUCGUAGAGUCAUCCCAAGCACCUAAGCACUAUCCUAUUCCAGAGGAUCCCAUAGAUAGAGGGAGAGAUAUUGAUGAGAUGAGGAUCCUCCACACAUACGAUCAUUUGGAGGAGACCCAUUAUGUAGUGAAAUAUCAACAUGUCAUGAUUGAGAGUCUAGAGCAGAAAGUGAGGGAGAUGGAGUUGAGAUUGAUGGUUUCAGAGAUAGAUAGUUCUAGCCAAGGAAAGCUAGGAGCUAUGUUUUUGGGUUUGAGGGAAGGAAAAGUAGUGUAG